UUCGUUACUCGAUCCAAUUUCUUCUAAGAUAAAAAAUUAUCCGUUCGCAAACAUCCAUUGGCAAUACUGAUCACCUUCAUGUUCUUCUUUCGUUACUAUGACAUGAUUACUUUUGCAAGAUCUCAGCCUCGUUUUUAUCGCGUUUUUGCCGCGGUCGCAAUGUUUAGAAAUUUGAACUGUCAACGUUCAUCCACCUGCCGAAGAUUGUAACGGUCCUACUGCAUUCAAAAAUAGACCGUUAUUUAAGGUUGAAAUGCUUUUCCUGCUUCUUUUGCUGAAUAUAUGUGCUGCUAAUGGAGCAGUGUACGAUUACUUAACAAGUGUAAAGAAUUAUUUCGGGUACAAUGGAGGUAAUGAAAAUUCUGCCGCCGAAUUUAGCCAAACUGUACCAUACGAAGUGUCGACAGUUGAUCAGAAAUUCAUCGAGGAGGCUGUUAAACUAACUGGAGUGGCAAUAUCUGAGCUUGAUUCUUGUCAGCAGAGGGUUAUAUUGAAAUUAAAAAGCGAUUGUAAUAAGCUGAAUGAUGAACAACUAGCCAAGGUUGCCGUUCAUCUUUUAAAUUGCCAAUCAUAUAUAGAAGGUCGUAAAAUCUAUCCUUGUACAGAGGAAAUGUCGAUAAAAGAGUGUACCACAAAUAUGGAUUCUGAUACAUGGACCAGUUACCAUUUGAUGAGCAACCGAGCUCGGUCAGUGUGUUAUAUGAUAAGACAGAGUCAAUUUAGAGGUUUAGCAGAGCACACUGUGAACCGAUUAAUGGAAGCCUCGAAAGACCAGUUAAAAUCAUUGGGUGAGAUUACCCUGAAUCAGGAAACUAUAAAAAAUGUUGCGGAAAGUACAUAUGAGACUCUUAAUAAAGCUCAUAAACAUCUCUCAGAGCAACAAAGAGAUAUGCAAAAGGCCCAGCUGCAUGGGCAACUAGUGCUGGAAAAUAAUAUUAUUCGACUGAUAGAUGAAAAGCGUCUUAUUCAUGAAACACAUGAAGAACUAGUUCAAAUGACCAAAGAUGUUCAAAGCAGAUUGGAUAUGUCAGCUGAACUAUUACAAAAUCAAAAUAUUGAGAGCCGAGUGAAUCAUAAGGAGCUGCUGGAUGAUUUGACUGGUCUUCACCAAAAAGCUGUUGAUCUGUUCAAAAAAAUUGAUGAUUAUUCUGAGAUUUUAUUGACACAAAACAAGAAUUUUCAGAAACAAUACCAGGAUACUUUAAGGAAUCUUCAGGAAGUAAAUAGGACAGUGCAUGAUUUGGUUGGUCUUUUAGGGGGCACCAGACAAGCUUUAGAAGAUAGACUGAGUUGGAUAAUGACUGCUUUAGGUGGUACAGACUCGGCAGUUGAAAGAAUAUACAUAAUAUUUUGGCACAUUUCGUUUAUGUUGGUGGCUAUGUUGUCAUGUGCUUUUCUCUCAGCUAGGACCAGUACUAGAUUGGUCAUAGCAACCUUGCCACCCAUGAACAUGAUUGUCGCCCUCUAUAGUCGGGAACAUUUGGAACCUGUCACCUUAGGGAUUGUUAUUGGUAUUUUUGUGUGCAUUCAAACUUUUAUCAUAUCAGCUGUAAAUAUUCGAGGCAGGAUAAAUGGCGCCAUCUCGUGGUCCAAGUCGGAAACGUCCCAGAAAAAAUAUGGUUCAGAAUCACCCAACUUACACGAUUUAGAUAUCGGCUCUGAAGCUGAUGUUUACGAUUACCAAUCCAACUUUGAAUCUCGCGAAUUAGAUGUAAAUGAUCGUUUCGAAUAUCAGUCCUUAACUCCGCCCAGGUCUAGAGUUGGAACUUAUUCCGUGAGAUCAAGAUCAAGAAGUGCCACGCCACUGGUCCUAAAUGCAAGUUCCAGAAGCGCUUGCCAUGCGAAAACGAGAACCGGGACCCCAUGUAGGAUUACUUCGAUGCCAGGCAGAGAUUUCUGCUAUAGGCACCAAAAUGGAGAUUCGGUCUUAGGGUAGGUUGUGGGACUUCUUUCUUUAUGCUAAUGAUAAUUUCUUUCAUUGUAAAUAAUUGUGACCAUCUAGUUAAAAUGUAAUACUUUAUUCAAAGUUUACAUUGACUUUUCUGAUAAUGCCUAUUUAGUAAUGCCUCUUUAGGUUGAACAGCAUAUUCCAAGGAGAUAUUUGAAACAUUUAUAUAAAAAUAGUCAAUCUCAAGUCAUAGCCUUUUUUUCGUUUUGUUUUUGAGCAAACGUUGAGAAAAUGUUGACUUUCAAUACCCUCAAACAAAGUACAGCAAAACAAUUCUUGUUUUGCUUUAGGGUAGGGUAUUGUGCCCAGUCGUCAUUUUAAAGUUUUAAAAACGUCACUUGUUUUUACAGCUUCGGAAGUUGUUAUUCACAGAACAUAGAAGAUUAAAUAUUAUUGCGCACUGAAACACAAAACAAAAAUGUGGAUAUUCGAGUCGAAUGUUUCAAAUAUGCGAGUGCAUUUAAAAUUCGGCGUUUUAAAACCAAUUGUUGACGGGAUGAGUUGAUUCACAUUUUGGAUGAUAAUAGUAUAAUAUUAUUACGCACGAGUGUGGUAGACGGCAUUUAAGUUAUCAGUUUAUUAGGCAGGUGCAUGGUGUGUUUCAAAAGGAGCAAUGGAUGACUAUAAAGAUAUCGAUUUACUUUGUAUUCAAAACUGUCGAAUUGAUUUAAGCUGUAGAGGUGUUGCAAUUUUUGUACGUACGCAAGGAUUGCUCAUUUUAUAAAAUUAACAUUAUUCUUAAUAGCUCUGUAAAAUACCUAAUUAUACACCGAUGUAGCAUGCGUCAGUUCGGUAAACUUUUUAAGUCACACUUUUAUUUGGCAUGAGCAGAGCGACUGACAAUGAGACAAAUUUUUGUUUGUUUUAACAAAGUAUAGGAUAUUGUCAUAUAAAAUAUGUUAAAAUUAAAUAGGUAAUUAAGGCAUCAGUUCGGUAUUUAGAUUGAAUGUGGUGAAUAUAUUAUCAACCUUUUGUUGUUGUCGUGCAGAUCAGUGUAUAAUUAGGUAUUUUACAGAGCGAGUAGGAAAAAAAUUAGUAACCCAUUUAUUGACUGUUAGUUGACUUGGUAUGGGACACAAGUUGGAGUAAAAGGCUUUGCUACUUUAAAAUCAAAAGCUAAAUGCGACUCCGGUGUAAGGCCUUUCAUCAGGAUUUGCGAUUUUUAAGGGCGGGUUUCAGAAAGGAUAGGCUGUAAAAAUAAUCACUUAAUUUUAUUUACUAUUAAUAAUUCUUUAAAAAAUGGGUUAAUAUUAUAAGUUAUGGGAAUGGCAUAAUUGAAAUUUAUCAAAAGAAUCCAAUAAGAAACGCACUAAAUUUGAUUUGUUGACUUUGAAACUCGCCCAUUAUCUAACUUGACAAACAACACUCAACAUCAACAGCGGCCGCGGGGGCGAUCUCGAGUAAGGCAACUUAUAUAUUAUUCUGUAAACUUUGGUUACAUGGACUGCUGCGACCAGUUGAUCUAAUGCUUGUGUCACUUCUAAUUUUUUCCUACUCACCCGAAAAUUUCAAACUGAUAUAAAGUUCAUUAUUUUGUGGGAGGAGGGGAUAUAUCCUUCAGGUUUUCAAAUUCUAGAAUGUCCGCACCUAGUUUUGAGUAUCGCUUCAUGCACGCCCUGCACUUGUCAUUGUCCGCACGGCACCCCGUGUGUUGUUUGAGGUUAUAGUCUCAGCGGUAUAGUUUACAUUUCUGUUUCAUUAAGUUCCGUUGGUAGUGAUGGUAAUAGUAUCAACCUGCAGGGUGGCGUGUUUGGAUUAAAGAAAUACACAUGGUUUUUAACAUGCCGUUUGCAUUUUUUUUAUUGUGAUGUUUUAUUGUAAUUUAUUCCAUAAUAAGUAGAAACAUUAAAUGUUGGUAACAGUACAUGUCAAUUUUUAUUAGU